UUUUAUUUUAUGAAUUGUCACGGGAAAAAAUUGAUGCAACCACACAUUUCAAUAAAAUAAUAAUAAUAAGAAAAAAAAACUGCACGCAUAAUUUUCGGCUAUUGGAAAUCGUAAAAUAAUAUUUUAAUUAAUAUUAACGAUAAUACAAGAGUGAGGACCGCCAAGGACUAUGUUCAGCUGCAGCUGCCGUUCGCUAUAGUUUUAUUUUUUUCAUUGAUAACCAAAAUGUUCCUGUAAUUUUGUAUUUACGCGUUUGGGAUUCUCGUUUUGUACGUUAUCGCAAUCUUUUGUGUUCUGGACAAAUUUUAUUUUGUUUUAAUUAAACUUUAUAAGUAAACGUUCGGGUGAUAGUAAAAAAAAGUGUGUAAAAAUGGGUUCUAGCGACGAAGAAUACGAUUAUUUAUUCAAAGUUGUUCUUAUUGGCGAUUCUGGUGUCGGCAAAAGUAAUUUAUUGGCUAGAUUUACACGCAAUGAAUUUAAUUUAGAAUCAAAGUCUACUAUCGGAGUAGAGUUUGCCACAAGAAGCAUUAAGGUAAAUAAGAAAGUAAUCAAAGCCCAAAUAUGGGAUACGGCUGGACAGGAAAGAUAUAGAGCAAUAACAUCAGCAUACUAUAGAGGAGCAGUAGGCGCAUUAUUGGUUUACGAUAUUGCAAAACAACUAACUUAUCAGAAUGUGGAACGAUGGUUGAGUGAAUUACGCGAUCACGCCGAUCAAAAUAUCGUCAUCAUGUUGGUUGGCAAUAAAUCGGAUUUGCGUCACUUACGAGCUGUUCCGUCUGACGAAGCCAGAGCGUUUGCCGAAGCAAACAAUUUAUCAUUUAUUGAAACUUCUGCACUCGACUCGACCAACGUUGAAACUGCUUUUGAAAAUAUACUCACAGAAAUCCAUCGCAAAGUAUCGGCUCGUCAAAUGGACAAUAUCGAUGGGGACGAAAUCGACAAAGUAUGUAUGAAGCCGAUUAGGAUAGACGCAACUACGGCCAAUACAAAUGAUUCGGCUGCAUUCCAAAUUAAACAGUUUUGCUGUAAUGCGUCGGCUUGAAUAUCAAAACUCGAAUGUGUCCACCAUUAGGUUAUAAAAACGUUGUCCUUAUUGUUCAUACUUUACUUUGCAAUACAGAUUUUUUUUUUUUAAUUUAAGUUAAAAAGUUAAAAGUUCUAAUGUGCUUCUUAUCAUCGGGGCUCUUUCUCUUCAUUAUUUAAUUACAAAUUAUUAUACUUAUAAUUCUAUAUAUUUAUAUGUUUGAUAUUUUCUAAUCGUUAAUUAUAUUAUUUUAUGUUUUUUAAAACAACUUUAUAUAAUAUUUUUAAUUAUACUUCAUCGUUCUUAUGAUACUAUUAUUAUUGCCAUAAUAUCCCAGAAAAAAAAAAUUAAGUGCGUCAAAAAUAGAAUAGUGUU